AAAUCUCUGAAAAAGUGUCUACUUUUCCGGCAGCAAAAAUGGUGCAAGGUGGAAUGAAGUGUGUUAAGUACCUGCUGUUCGGCUUUAAUUUCUUGUUCUGGCUUGCAGGUCUUGCAGUUUUGGCAGUUGGAUUAUGGCUUUGUUUUGAUCAAUCAUCAAAGCACAUAUUUGAGAUGGAAGACCAGCCUUCUACAUUCUACACAGGUGUCUAUAUUUUGAUUGGAGCUGGUGCGUUGAUGACGGUUGUUGGGUCCCUAGGAUGCUGUGGAGCAAUUCAAGAAUCCACCUGCAUACUUGGCUGUUUCUUCAUGUUCCUUCUGGUCAUAUUUGCAGUCGAAAUUGCAGCUGGAAUAUGGGGCUUUUUGAAUAAAGAUAAGGUUACGAAUGAAGUGAGGGAAAUGUACACUUCUCUGUAUAACCAAUACAUAAUAAACAAAGAUAAAAGCAAGGAAGCAGCUCUAUCUGCAAUUCAGAAGGGACUGGACUGCUGUGGAAUAGGAGGCACUCUGGAACCACUUAUCCGAAGUACUUGCCCCAGUAAAACACUUUUGGAAGAGUUUCAAAGACGGUCAUGUCUGCAGGUAAUUGAUGAAAUAUUCAAUGGAAAGCUUUACAUCAUUGGGGCAGUUGGGAUUGGAAUUGGAAUUGGAAUGAUCUUUGGCAUGAUUUUCAGCAUGGUGCUGUGCUGCGCCAUCCGUAAUAGCAGGGAGUUGAUUUAGGGAAUGUGUUAAACAAUGAUGCCUUUCAGCAAUGGAAUGGAUUUUUGAACCUCACUUGCUUCUAUCUGUUAACGGCUUGACUUCAAUAAACAUCUUUUCACCUAUUCAGUUGAAAAUCUCUGUAUAACCUAAUCUUAAAUAAAACUUUAUUUAACAAGUUCACAUUUUGUUUAAUAUUUUGUAUAAGUUGGAUGAAAAGAGCAACAAACUCUAAUCUGAAGUUUUCUUUAAGGUUUU